CAAACCCCGAUUGGCAAUUUGCAUUUUUGCUAAGCAAGGGAUUGGAGUGUCCUUGUGGGGAAAUGGCGGAUGGCUGCAAUCGAAGAAUCGAAGUGCGGAGUCUUUCUGGUGAGACAACCGCCGUUUCCGUUUCGCCGGACCUGACUGUUCAACAACUCAAGCUCAUUCUCAAGCAGAACUUUACACCCGCGGCUUCUUCCCCCAAUUUCCAUCUCUUUUUCAAGGGGAUGAAAUUGGCAGUAGAGAAUAAGCUAGGCAGCUAUUCAAUUGGUGAUGGGGAUUUUUUGGUUCUUGUUCCUUUUGCAAAGAAAGAUAAACAGCAGACUGAGCAAUCUGCUACAUCCCCAGCUAUGACGAGAUUUGCAACUUCAAAACAAUCUGAGUCAACGUGGCGUGAUGUGGUGGAAGACCUAUCAGUUUUGCGCAGCACAAUUAGCAAUAAAACUCAAAACGAUAUUGAGUUAGAGUCAGUUAAUUCUGAAAAUAGACAAGCACAAAAUGUCAAUGUUUCUUCCAGUGGUACUUCACAGAGAAAACGCAAGUUAAAAUCCGUAUCUAAUAAGACAGAACAACCUACAGAUGAGCUCAUAUUUGACAUACUGCAGUCACCUAGCAGUAGUAUAGACGAACAGGCAUCUAAAUUUGUCAUGGUUUUAGAUUCAGUUAAUUGCUUAUUUGAUCCAAGUUCAGGGAACUGCAUAUGUAAUGAAGCUCGCAGACAGAACACUGAGAUGAAUCCGCGGUCAACAAAAAGCAAUUUGUGCUUGUGUCCAUCAUGGUUGAAAAGUAAAAUGAAAUUAUUUUCUUUCAUAAAUAUAUAUUCUGCUGUUAUUCAACUUCAGCAUGGAAAAGUUACCUUGUGUUCUCUGAAGCAAGCACUUGAUCAACUUGGUAAAUUUGGAUUUCGAGCCAGUAUAACAGAUGUUGAGCAUCUCUCUGACCUCUGUCCUCAGGUUUUAUGUAUUGUAGAUAAUUCUAAAGGGGCAAUAACUUCUACCAAUGCUAUUAUGAUUGUCAAAACUUCAACUGAACUGAGCGAUCAGCAUGAGAUUGCUAAAAAAUGUAUCCUGCCCUCAAAGAUUGUCAACUCAAUGAAGAAAAGGCAAGAGUGCUUCAAAACAAGUCUUUUGAAGGUCAUAAGAUCAUUAAUGUUUGAAGAUGGCAACAAGUUUUCCAAGUUCUCCUUUGAAGAUUUCCUUCAAUAUGUGAAGAAGUGCAAUGAUGUUGCAAGUGGGAGCAAAGUGAAUACAGAGAGGUCUCAUUCCUUUGAAGCGCUUUGUCAUGACACAAACCCCUUGCUUCCUAUCGAAAUGUUGGAACAUCUUAUAAGAGGCAUUGGAUCUAAAGGACAGGUUGUUCAUGUUGAAGAGAUAAAUGCUCGAAAUGCUAAGUAUGCUGAGAUUCCAAAUGGGCUUUCAGAAUGUACUAAGUCUGCACUAGAAAAUAUUGGAGUAACUAGGUUAUAUAGUCACCAGGCUGAGUCAGUUCAGGCAUCUCUAGCUGGCAAAGAUGUAGUUGUGGCGACCAUGACAUCCAGCGGAAAAUCUCUUUGCUACAACCUUCCUGUUCUUGAAGCAUUAUUUCAGAAUUUGUCAGCAUGUGCACUUUACCUCUUUCCAACUAAGGCUCUUGCACAAGAUCAGCUGAGAGCUUUAUUAACUAUGACGAAUGAGUUUGAUCAUAACCUAAAUAUUGGUGUAUAUGAUGGAGACACUUCUCAGACAGAUAGGAUGUGGCUACGCGAAAAUGCUAGACUGUUGAUUACAAAUCCAGAUAUGUUACAUGUGUCUAUCUUGCCAUUCCAUGGACAGUUUAGGCGGAUUUUGUCUAAUCUAAGGUUUAUUAUUAUAGAUGAAGCUCAUGCUUAUAAGGGUGCUUUUGGAUGUCAUACUGCUCUUAUUUUGAGAAGGCUUCAACGACUCUGCUCUCAUGUUUAUGGUAGCAAUCCUUCUUUUGUAUUUUCUACUGCCACUUCUGCAAACCCUGUUGAUCAUGCUAAGGAACUUGCAAAUCUGCCGGCACUAGAGUUGAUUCAGAAUGAUGGCAGCCCUUCUGGUCCUAAACUUUUUGUGCUUUGGAAUCCUCCUUUGUGUCUGAGAACGAUUUCAAAGAGAAGUAGGAAGGGCGCAGAUGCUAACAAAUCUACUAAUAGAAGUGAGGUUGCAGGAAGAUCAAGUCCUAUCAUGGAGGUAUCAUACAUUUUUGCUGAAAUGGUGCAGCACGGUCUCCGUUGUAUUGCAUUUUGCAAAACACGCAAACUUUGUGAGCUUGUCUUAAGCUACACACGCGAGAUACUUCAGGAAGCAGCACCUCACUUAGUCGAUGCUAUCUGUGCCUAUCGAGCAGGCUAUGUAGCUGAGGACAGGAGAAGGAUUGAGCAUGACUUUUUUAGCGGUAAAAUAUGUGGUAUUGCUGCCACAAAUGCUCUUGAAUUGGGAAUUGAUGUUGGACACAUUGAUGUGACUCUACAUCUAGGCUUUACGGGUAGUAUAGCUAGUCUAUGGCAACAAGCUGGAAGAUCAGGGAGAAGGGGAAAGCCUUCAAUUGCUAUAUAUGUUGCUUUUGAAGGGCCUUUGGAUCAAUAUUUCAUGAAGUUCCCAAACAAACUGUUCAGGAGUCCAAUUGAGUGUUGUCAUGUUGAUGCUAAUAACCAACAGGUGCUUGAACAGCAUCUGACAUGUGCUGCUUUUGAACACCCACUGAGCUUGCAUCAUGACAAGAAGUAUUUUGGUCCUGGAUUUGAAGCUGCAGUAAUGACACUAAAAAAUAAAGGAUAUCUGAAUACUGAUGUGUCACGUGAUUCUAGUGCUAGAAUUUGGAGCUAUAUCGGGCAUGAGAAAAUGCCUUCAAAUGCUGUAAGUGUUCGAGCAAUUGAAACUGAGCGAUACAAAGUCAUUGACAAGCAAAAGAAUGAACUUCUAGAAGAAAUUGAAGAGAGCAGGGCAUUCUUCCAGGUUUAUGAAGGGGCUGUUUAUAUGAAUCAAGGAAAGACCUAUCUUGUAACGGACUUGGAUUUAUCAAGUAAAAUUGCUUGGUGCCAGCAAGCAGACUUGAAAUAUUACACAAAAACUCGUGACUACACUGAUAUUCAUAUCACUGGGGGUAACAUUGCUUAUCCAGCAAGGAAUUCUAAUAUCCAGUUUGCAAGAACAACUGCCCAAGCACAAUUUUGCAGAGUAACCACUACUUGGUUUGGUUUUCGCCGAAUAUGGAAAAAAAGCAACCAAGUUUUUGACACCAUUGAACUGUCACUUCCAAACUACUCUUAUGAAUCCCAGGCUGUCUGGGUUCCAGUCUCUGAGACAAUAAAGAAAACAGUCGAGGCCUUAAAUUACUCAUUUCGAGGAGGUUUACAUGCUGCUUGUCAUGCCAUUCUUAAUGUAGUUCCUUUGUAUAUAAUUUGCAAUAGAUCUGACAUAGCUUCAGAGUGUGUAAACCCUUAUGAUGCACGUUAUGUUCCAGAAAGAAUUUUACUUUAUGAUCCACGUCCUGGUGGAACUGGGAUUGCGGCCCAGGUUCAACCCUUAUUCACCGAGCUUUUAACUGCUGCGUUAGAACUUCUCACAUCAUGCCAUUGCUCCAGUGAUGCCGGUUGUCCUAAUUGUAUACAAAAUCUUGCUUGUCAAGAAUAUAACGAGGUUCUCCACAAGGACGCAGCCACAAUGAUAAUCAAGGGUGUUAUCCAAGCGGAAAAACUCCGCGAUUAGUUAUACUGUACAAGUGUUUUGCUGCAUCAACGAAAAAGAGUUUGUUUAUCUGCCCAAUCAAAUUUGCUGGAUGCGGUUGAAAUGCAGUUAGCUCAUCCCCAAGUAUGUUCGGAUCUUAGUCGUUAUUCCAGUUGCCGUUUUAGAUGAUUUCUCCAUGGUUAUUCCUUUAAUUAAUUUUUUGAGUUAAUUCCAUUUUUUAUUCUAGAUAUAUGAGCGAUAGUCCAUUUAAAUCAUUUUUUAUUAGAAUAUUCAUUUUUGGUCUUAAUAUUAUUUUGACAUGAUCA